GGUUCAAUCCAUGAAGACCAACCUCGGCGUUCCCGGCAGCCAACUCGACCUUCGCGCGUGGGCGGGCUUCACCAAGGCCAAUUGCUACGAGACGAAGGCGAUCUGGGGUCUUAGCAUCGCCCUUUGCAUUCUCUAUACGGUGUCUGCACUGCUUUUGCCGACACUGUUUUUCAAGAACAAGAAGGCUGGAUACGUUAAGGAUCCUGCAUAGACGGAUCUAACGUGUACACAAGCCAAAUUCAUGGAGAACGUUGUUAAGAUGUUAGUCUGUCAUCUGAUCUGGAUCAAAUAUGAACCGCGAGAAACCUUGCAUGCCUAGAUGGCAGCUUGUCCGCAAUGGCAUGGGGAAGGCGUUUGGGGAUUCAUGUUGCUCAUUUCACCUAAUUGUCCUGGUGCUCGACAGGCGUUCCGAGCAGAUUUUGUCUAAUACCAUAAUGAAAAGUCCAAAAUAUAUACAUCAACACAUCAAGGAUAAACAAGCUCCCUUCGGACAUUUUCCUCUUGCCUGUUCCCGUCGUCCAUCACCGAUUUCGCCGUGCCCCCAAGCUGUUGUCCCCCACGUCCGCAUCACAUUCCCAGCAGCGCAGCCCGAACCCUCAGAUCACUCGGCAUGGAUAUGGCAAUUGAAUAUUGACGAAGCGCAAUUGGACGUUGAUUCUCACAAAAUUACCUGUUUGGAGAUUAGUGGCAUAGUUGGUAUCGCUCAGGCCCGACGACCGAUCACCAUGAAGCGCCCCCGGUAGUUUGGUGACCCGCAGUUCCAACCGAAUUUCUUGCUCUCUCCAGUGACGUCUGCAUUUUGAUGUCC